GAGGGCAGCAACCCAUCUGAGCCGGCCAUUACAGAGGUUAACACCUGCUCUAUAUAUCACAGGCUGCAGGACUCAUAUUUCGGGGCUGUUGGGUGUCUUGUUUUUCUCGUUCGUAUCUUCCUACCCACCAUGGCGGCCCCGAUCUCGUCAUACAAGGACCGGCAAUUUCUCGCCGUCAUCGGUGACGAAGACUCAGUGACCGGUCUUCUUCUCGCUGGCAUCGGUCAUGUUACGGACCCCCCCGACUCGCAGCGGAACUUCCUCGUCGUUGACGCCAAAACCGAGACUUCGGCCAUUGAGAAAGCAUUCAAGAAUUUUACAGAGGAGAGAGCAGACAUCGCCGUCGUGCUGAUCAACCAACAUGUGGCUGAGCGCAUCCGACACAUCGUCGACGCCUUCUCCGACCCGUUCCCUGCCGUGCUUGAAAUCCCGAGCAAAGAUCACCCGUAUGACCCAGACAAGGACAGUGUUCUCAAGCGGGUAAGGAGACUGUUUGGAGAGUGAGUGAUCACGGGUUUGGCCUCGAUUCGAAUGCUGGGGAAAAUAGUAGAUACCCAAACCUAUAUGAAAUACAUGCACAUAGAGACCGCUGUUUAUGGGGUUGGAUUUGUUACGGCGCACACACCCAGUACUUUACAAGGGAACAGUAAAACACUACUACAAGGGUUCAAAGGAUAUGCAUUUACAUUACUGGAUCAUCCUUUCAAGCAUAAAACAUAAUUUCCAAUUUAAACAGAAUGAUGCUAUAUACUUUCAUCUUGGUCGCGCAGCGUGACAUGAUAGAGAAAAAAGCAAAGAAAUCAAUCAAAUGUCUUCGUGCAGAUAGAUAAGAUGCCUCCAAAGGAUCCCCCUGGUGGUAGAGAUUAUAGGGAUACAGGUUGACAGAGCGAGAUAGUACCGGGACAUAUUGGCUGACAAGGAACCGAAACAGAAUAAAUAUAGCGUUCGUUGGUGCAAAAAC